GAGCACACACCACUCCAUUCUCCCCAACAGCCAGGAUCUUUUUAUCACCCUGACUGAAGUACCCUCCCAAGCCUCCCAAGCCAGUACCCAAGACUCUGACCCCAUGGAAGGGACCUCAGCAGCUGCAAAUUCCUCAAGCCUCCCUCCUCCAUCCCGAAGGUUAUCACAGAUAAGGCGUCGUAAGAAGAGAACGCGAGAGGAGAUGUUUUCUGAAAUUAUGGAAUCCAGCCGCAGUGACAGAGCUCAUGUGAAUGAGUGGAAGGAAACAGUUUCAAAGUAUAGGAAAGAAGUCAGUGAACGUGAGGAGAGGAGGGACCAACGUGAGGAGAGGAGGGACCAACGUGAGGAGAGGAGAGACGCUCGAGAUGAGAGGUGGCGGCAGGAAGACCAGAGGAUGAAGGAUGCAACGCUGGGGCUGCUCCGGCGUCUGGUGGAGGUUCAGGAACGGCUGCUGGAAAACAGACUGCCGCUUCAGCCCCUGUUCCACCCUCCCCCCUCCCCAUGUUCCGUAUCCUCCUCACCCAGACGUGUAAGAACUCGGGGGGGGGAGGCUCCGUACACCUUCCCAUUCCACCCCAGUAGACAGCCCAAGCAAAAGGCUGUCAUUUUUUUAACCUUUUCUUUGUGGCUUUUUCCUUCCCAGCAAUCCUCCUCCCAAAUACCACCCGGGUUCCCUCCCUCUUUUUCUAAUCUAUUAAUAAAGAAUAAAUGAUUUUUAAAUGA